UUUACUUACUCGUCUCCUUUUGUACACACUCCAGUGGUCUCAUCAUAUUGUGUACAAUAAUCAUCUGCACUAUAAUUAAAUGUACCAUCUCUUUUUCUCACAGGUCUACGACGUCGUUGAUUCAUAAAAUGCCAAUUAAAACAUGUAUAUGGUCUAUGUUGUGUACAUUUAUGUUGUAAAAAUAAUGGACACUGCUCAACACGAAAUUCUUUUAAAUAUCUAUAAAAAUACAUAAAUUCAGAUAAUAUUUAAUAGGCAAUACUGUUGUCUAAAUUUGUAAUUUUUGCAACCAAACAAAAAUCGUAUCUUACGAAUAAUGAUUUGGUUUCUCCAUUUGGGCAGGAAUCUUAGAUUCUGACGGCAUUUUGUGUGUACUUUGUUUGUCACUUAAACUAUUAUAAAUGUUAGUUUCUCUAGACUCGCUUCAUCUACAAUGGUUCGAAACAAAUACCUCGGGACAUAAUUUUCGUGAUGGCAUACGUACAUUCAUCCGGCUAAUUCAUGAUGCUGAGAAAAUAUACUAAGCAAAUUGUUUUUUUUUUCUGACGACUUAUGUUAUUGUUUUACACUUUCCAAAAUAUUGAUCACUUGACUAAACCACGGUAACAUAUGUAAAGACAGUGUACCCAACAAAAGUUUAAAAUCUACUAUUUGGAACACUGAAAUCAAUGGCAUUGAUAAGCAAUCACCUUUCAAAAAUUCCCCCUUUCGCUUUGCCUUUCUAAAAACGUCCGAUCUUGAAACGUUAGUUUUUAUUACUCAUUACUUUAGUUUUCUAUAUAUUUAUCAUGUACCUAGUAUGUUUUUCAUUACGUAAUUUAGCCUCACUCACUACUCGGGCCAUUCACUAUUGAAUGGCAUUCAAACUGUUAUGGUAAGUGAAAUAAAUUUAUAUUGUAUGUAAAUUUGUUUUAAUUAAUACCUUUAUUUUUUAUUAUUUUAGCUUAACCAAUAGGCACCAUGGUUUAGUUCUUUUUUAUCAUAAAUAUUUUUCUUUAUGAUAAAUCUAUUGCAGUGUCAAUAAUUUAUCUAUUUUAUUUUAUUUGUCAUUCUAUCGUUUAAUCAUGGACAAAAGUAACCAAAAAACAAUCAUCCGUGUAGGUUCACGUAAAAGCGAACUUGCAUUAAUUCAGACAAAGUUUGUGAUCAGCCAAUUAAAAGAAUUAUAUCCGGAAGUAGAAUUUGAAAUUAUUUCAAUGACUACAAUGGGAGAUAGAGUACUAGAUAAACCUUUACCAAAAAUUGGAGAAAAAAGUUUAUUUACUAAGGAUCUAGAAGUCGCUUUGCUUAGUGGUACUGUUGAUUUCAUUGUACAUUCAUUGAAAGAUCUACCAACCAUUAUGGAAAUUGGAACAACUAUAGGGGCUGUUCUUAAACGAGAUGACCCUAGAGAUGCUCUUGUACUUCGAGAUGAAUUAAAAGAAUUUGAACUAAACUCACUACCUUCAAAUAGUCUAAUUGGUGAGUGAUUAAACUAAUAUAAUAAUGUAUAGUAUAAACAUAUUGAUCAGUAAAAAACAAUUUAAAUUUAUAAUUACCUAUUUAAAUGUUUUGUUAUGUUUCAUUGAUUCAUAUUGAUAAAAUGUGUAUAGUUAUUAGGUUAGGUAAAAUAUAAGUAGUAACUAUUCUAAUUAAAGAAUUCAAUAAAAUUUAUUCCAAAAAGUAAAUAUUUACACUUGUUCCUAUUUCCAAGGGCAAGCCCUAAGAUGUCAAAACAUCUUACAAAGGUUAUACCAAUACACUAUGCCCACCAAAUAAUUUAUAAAUGAAAAUAUUCUCAUAUUAUGCUAACAUAUGACAGCAUUAAUUUACCAAAGUAUUGGAUCUUUUUGAGUUGUAUUGGUGAUCUCAACUACCAUGUGAAAGUAAAUUAUUAUUUGCUAUUAUAUAUAAGAUUACAUAAAGAAUAAUAGCAUGCCUUCUAUGUAGAAUUGACUCUCAUCAAGUAACAAAUUAAAUCAAAUACCUAAAUUUAUAUUCUUAUUUCUAACUACCUAAUUAUCACUUGAAUUUUAUAAUAUCCAUAGGGUUUUGCAUUUAGGGGAAGUAUUUAAUUUUGUAUUUUUAGGAAAAAAAAUAUCUUUACAUGGUAAUUAAUAUAAACCUCUACAUUUUUAUAUUUGUGAAUUAUAAAGUAGGUAAACUGAAUCAAUUAGCUUUUAAAAGAUACAUAAAUUAGAUAAUUAACAUAAGUUCUUAUAUAGUAAAGAUAACAGUAAUUUUAGUGUUGAAAACUGGUUACAUUUUGCUUAUUAUAUCUAGCUAAAUUUAGUAGUUUGUUUUCCAAUAUUUUAAUUUGAAUGUAAUAGCUAAUAAUUAUUGCAAUACAAAAAAAAAAAAUGGCCUAUUUACUUAGAAAUACGAUUAUAUUGAUAAUGCAAUUCAUUUUAAGUAUAUUAAAAUAAUUUAAAUAUAAUAUUUGUAUUUAUUUUAAUACCUAACUAAGUUUAUCAGUUCACCAAAUAUAUUGGGAUUAUGUAUGCGUACAAGUUAAGAUUAUUAUGCAAUUUAAGAAUUUAAUUAUUUGUAUUUUGUUGGUUCUUAUGAUAAAACCAUGAAUAAUAAAGAAUAAUAAUCUUUAUUCCUCAUCUCAUUAUAAUAUUAUAUUAUAUAAAUAAUACAUACAAAUUAAAAACUAUAAAAAUAAUAUAAUAUUGAUAUAACAUAGCCAUUAUAGACAUUUUGUUUAUAAAUUAUGAAAUGUUUAUGUAACAGAACACAUUUCAAAAUUUAGUAUCUAAAAUAGUACAUAUUUUUAAUAUCAAAUUUUAAAAUAGCCAAUACGUAUUAAUAUCAUGCUGGUUUUGAACAAGUUUAUAGGUACUAAACAUAAUUGCAUUUUUCUCAUUAAGAAUUGUAAAAAUAACUUCUGAGAAAUACUAUGAAACUUGGAAUAUAUUAUUAUUAUAUAUAAUUAAAAAUUUUGAAUCUUGAUUUAUAUCAUUAUCUUUUGAUUAUUUGUAGUACAAACUACAAAUUAACAAAAAUACAUAAAUAUUACUUGUCAUCUCGUUUUUCUAUACCUAAUAAAGAAAAAUAAAAAUUUUCAUAACUAUGUGAUAAUAAAAUAUUAGUAAUAAAUGUAACUAUAGUCUAUACAAGUGAUCUUGUUUAAAAACGAGAAUGAACCAAAAACAUUCACAUUAUUCACAUUCAAUUAUAAGAAUUUGUUCACUUUCAAAUUCAUUCCUUGAAAAUUUUAACAAGUUUAUGUCUUGUUCACAUAAAACAAACGUAAACUUUUUCUUUAUAUUUUUUAGUGUUUUGCAACAUUUAAAAUAAGAAAAAUUACCUCUUUAAAAUAUAUUUAGUUCAUAAGUAAAUAGUAAAUAUAAAAAUGCUGCUUAAUUCCUAUGAAAAAAAUGAUUAAACCUAAUUUUAAAAUAAAUAUGUGCCUUUGCUUCUUUUAUUAUAGAAAAUCAAAUAUUAAGUAUCCAAUUAUAAUAUAAUACAAAUGUAGGUAUAAUUUAAAUUAAUAUGUUUAGUUUUAUUUGUGUAGGUUUUGCAUACACGCAUAUAUUUUUAUGAAUUAAUUUAAGACCAAUUAAUAAUCUGUUCUGUUCGUCAUUAAACCUUAAUUAAAUGAUUUAUUAAAUUAAUAAUGUUGCAUAACAUUACUAUUGAAUAUUGUUUUCAUAAUAAUUAUAGAUCAUAGGCUAACUUAUUAUCAUACACUUAUUUCUAGUAAUAAUUGAUAAUCUGAACCAUUAAAUAGUAAUAUUUAAUCUACUGUAUUCAGAUUGUUUUUAUUAUUUUUCUAAAAUAGAUUAUGAGUAAACAUAUUUUAUAAACUAACUAUAAGUAGAAAAUGAUUUUCUAUAUUCAUAAUUCUACAGUUUUGAUAAUAUGUAUUUAUGCUAUAAUAAAGUGUACCUAAUAUUGCAUAUUAUAAAUUAUUUUUGAACAUGAAAACCACUGAAUUCAAAUAUAAUUAAUAAUUUUAAUGAUGCAAAAUGAAAAUUUUAAAUAUUAUUACUCAUUAAACUGGUGUAUUAAAACUGAAAAUUAAAUUUAUUUUAUUUGUUAUGAUAGAUUUUUCAAUAUAGUUACUACUGUAUACUUAUAUACCUAUAGUUUGUCCCACUAGAGAUCCGACCGCUUAUUGACCAAAGCCAGUUGCUGCCGCUCAUCCCCACGCCACAAUCAUGCCCGUUGAUCACCCGUCUGUCGACACUCAAAGUUAGUUGUAACAUUAUACAUGCGCAAAAGCGGUUUGAUCUCUUGCGGGACAGACUAUAACUGCUAUUCAAUCAAAUUACAUUUAAUUAUUGUGUUGUUUAGACAAGUAUAUAUGGUAAACUUUUAAUCUUUUAAUUACUUACUUAUAAAAUAUUAAAAUAGUCUACUUAUUUUAUUAAGUAUACAUGUUGAUCAUCUUAUCAUUUUCAGUGUAAGGUUAAAGUAAUGUAAGAUUUAAGGUGAAUUUGAUUUCAUAAUUUUUUUUUUAAUAAUUAGGGAAGCUUGUUUUAACAAAUUUACCCCCGCUCCUAAUAUCUAAAAUGAGUGUACACUUAGGAUUUUUAAAUAGUAAUUCUCAAUUUUGAACAUAGAUUCAAAUAAAGGAUAUUUUUCUAUACAUUUUGAUGAAUAUAACAGUAAUAUCAGAUUUACUAUUUAUGAGGUGAUAACAGUAAAUCUGAUAUUAGUGUUAUGCUUAUCAAAAUGCACUCAUUUCUGGUACAUUUCUAGGAGCAGGGUUAAAAAUUGAAAAUAUUGUUAAAAUAAAAUUUAAUCGAUUUCAUAAUUAUUUAAAAAAACAAAAUAACAUUCACUUAAAAUCCUUUGAGGGUCUGUUGGUUUGUGAUAAGUUGAUCACUGUAUUUGAAUUAAUCUUAAAUAAUUACAAUUUCAAUUUUUACUUUUUUUUUUUAACUAAAAUUAAAUCACAUAUUAAAAUCUAAAUCCUAGUUCAGAUACUAAUCAAAUUGUAUUGUAGAUUUCAAGUGUGACUAUUAGUGAUGUAAGUAGUGAAUAUUUCAAAUAAACAAUGGAAAUUAAAAAAAAAAUGGCAUUAAUAUUUUAAGAAUGUUCUCAUUAAAUUAAAUUUCAUCUUGAAGAACGGUAGAUAAAUUCAAGUUCAACUGAUUUCAAUAAUUCUGAUGUUUUAAACUCUGGUUAUGAACAUUUUGAAUGAAAAAUAUGUAGGUAUUAAUUAUAAAUAAAUUAUUAUAUAAUAUAAUAUAAUUAUUAUAUAAUAUUCAUAAUUAAUAUUAUUUAUAUUUUUAAAAGAUCAGUAAUGUUGUAAGUGAAACGGAUCUAAAAAAAAAAAAAACGAAAAAGGUAUUAAAUGAUUUUUGAUUGCUUUCUCUUUAUCAGCUUUAGACAUUAAAUUAUUAAAUAUAUGUAAGAUACUGUCUAAUGAAUACUACAAACAUGUUUCGCCAAUAUACGUAUUUUGUAUAGGUAGCUCUCGUAACCAUCUAUACAUAUAUCUUAUAAGUUAUAAUAUUUUAUGUUCUGGAACUUUCACGAAAUAAAAUAAUCUCUUGUGAAUUGAACAUCAUUAGAGAUUAUAAUUUAUAAUUCCUGUGUCAAGAAACCAAAUCGAAGAUAUUUUUGUAGUUUACUGUACUAAAUUUCAUAAAUAAUUGUAUGUUAAAAUGUACCAAUCUGUGUACAUUGUAAUCUUAAAAACUUGCAUUAUACACAAUUUAAAUUGGCAUUAAAAUUAUGUAUUUAUCAAUACUAAUCAUAUUGGUUUAUAAAAAAAAAAAAAAAUACCUAUAAUAAGUGUUCUAUUUUUAUUUAUUAAUACAUUAUUUUCGAAUAAUUAUUUAUUAUAUAAUAUUUUUUUAAACUAUUUGUUUUUCAAACAUAAGUUUUAGUAUUUUUAUUAUAAUGUUUUACUUUUGUUAUCAAUUUUAUAUUCAUGAAAUUCACAUAACUAGUUUUUAAUGAAUUUUAAAGGUCAAAUUAGAUUUUAAAAUUUAAAAUAGAAAACAUAAAAGAUAAAUAUACCAGACAUUUUUUGAUAGGAUUUAAAAAAAAUAUUUAAUAAACAUAAAUAUUUGUAUUUGUUAAAAAAACAUCUGUUAUCUAACAUGUUAUUUUUAUUAAUUCAGAUUGUCCUUAAUAUUUUAACAAUAGGUAAGUUUGUUUUAAAAAGGAAACAGAUUAUUUUUUAGCUUUAUAUAAGUAUUAGAAUAUAACAUAUAAUAAAUAUCAUAGAUAAUUCUUAGUUGGGCUAUUUUAGUUAUUUACAUAUUUGCAACAGUUCAAACCAGUAUAAAGAUAUUUUGCAAAACAAAAAAAUUUCACUUGGUAUUAAAAUAAUUUAUUUAUUAUAUCAUUUAUUUUCCCCUCAAUAAUAUUAUAUUUAUGACUAAUGUUCAUUUAUGUUUUUGCCAUUAUUAAUAUAAUUAUUGGUUUUGGAUUUUUGCCAUUUUUAAAAUUUAAAUAUUGAUAUUAUUAUUUUUGAUCUAUUUAAAUAAUAAUAUAUUUUCAAUAGUUAGUUUGAAUAAUAACCAGUUGAAUCAAUAUUCAGUAUUUCAAUAUAAAUAUUGUCAGAAAAUUAGAUUAUUUAAUGAAUGUCAUUGGAAAGAAUAUCCUUCAAUAUGACGUAUUUUAGAGAUACAAAUUAGUAAAACCUUUUUUUAAUAUACUUAUUGAAAUGACUGAAUUUGGUUUUAAAACAAACAAUCACUAUCUAUCUAUUAAUUUAAUUGUAUUUUCACGUUUAGAUUCAUUAAGAUUUAUUAUGUAGUGAAUAAUGAUAAAAGUAAUGUUAACCAAUUAAAUAUGAAACUGAAAGAAAAUCCUAUGUAUUGUCAUUUUAUGAAUCCAUCUUUAUUUUAUUUUAAAAGACUAUUUUCUGUAAUGUUAAUAGGUACUAGUUCAUUAAGGCGUACAGCCCAAUUAAAAAGAAAAUUUCCUAAUCUCAGAGUGAGCGAUGUACGUGGUAAUUUAAACACAAGGUUGAAGAAAUUGGACAACAGUAGUCAAGCUGCAAGCGAUAAUAAUAGUAAAAAUUACAGUGGCAUAAUUUUAGCCUUGGCUGGUAUUCAAAGAAUGGGAUGGGAAAAACGUGUUUCUCAAAUUAUUGAUUCUGAUGUUAUGCUUUAUGCUGUGGGACAGGGAGCUUUGGCGGUUGAAUGUCGUUUAGGAGAUGAUGAUAUUAUCGAAAUGCUGGAACCACUGCAUCACUAUGAAACAGUUUUACAAGUAAUGCAUUAAAUUAUAUCACAAAAUUAAUACCUUAAUAUUAUAUUUAAAUUUUACAUUUUCGUAGGGUUUAAGAUAAUAUAAUUUUGUAUUUUGUACAAUCCAACCCAGCGUUCCCCAAACUUUUUCUCCUUUGGACUCUAUAGAUAAUAAAAAUAAUCGCAACUCCUCUUCCCCCUUAAACCCUUUUAUACAUCAAUAUUUUAGUUUUUAUAUAUACUAUAUAGUAUUUUCAAUGUAUGUCCGCAGACCUUCUCCAAUAUACAUUCAGACCCUUGUUUGGGAAACGCUGAUCUAACCUAAUCUUAUAAUUGUUUUUCUAAAAGCACAUUAAAAAAUACUGUUAGCUGUUCCAAUAACAAAUAUUAUGGAAAUAAUUUUAAAUUUUAUUUCUUUAACUUAUAUACUUAUUAAAAUUGUUUAAAUUAAAUAUUACACCAUUAACAUUCUGCUUUUAAAUGGUUUUGUUUCUCUUUAGGUUGUAGCUGAAAGAGGUUUCCUUACAAAACUUGGUGGGGGAUGCAGUGCUCCUGUUGGUAUAAAAUCUACUGUCUGUCUGGAUAAAAAUGUGAUUUCUUUAGAUGGUGCCGUGUGGAGUCUUGAUGGUUCUGAAACAUUACAUUGUUCAUCUUCUGUAGAGUUAGCUGAUAAGAAGGUUAUACAAAAUCAUAUUGAUCAAUAUAGGAGCGAGGACGGAGAACCACCAAAAAAAUGCCCUUACAAACAACCAAGACAAUUUGUAGGUGUUACACCAGGAAAAAUUAGUUAUUUAGAUUUGGAUGCAGCAUUACAAUUAGGUACAGAAUUAGCAGACAGUUUAAUUAAUAAAGGUGCUCUAAAUAUAAUGAACACAGCAAAAGAAAUAAUUCAUUCUGCCAUAAAAUAAAAUAUUUUGUUAUUCACCUUAUUUGUUAUUCUGGAUAUUUUUAUUUGGUUUCGGUUUCUAUGUUUAAACCUUUUUAUUUAUUGUUUUAUUCUUUUGACAAUAUUCAAUUAUUGUUAGUCAAAUAUAUAUUUAAUUAGUUACCAAUUAAACUAUUGUAUUUUUAUGAAUUUACAUUU